UCGGCUUCUCGGACAGCUACACACGUGAUCUCGUCAUUGGUGGUUGAAAGUGGCCGUGUGUUCACUUUGAGCAGUUCCUCGCAGGUACCCUCACCAGGUUGAGACCCUCCCGUCCCCUUCCCCAUCUUGGCAGGGUCGUCGCAGGUGCGGUGUUCCAACUAGCCCACGACAGCGUCCAGGGGCCCUUGGUGAUACGCCCAGGCAUCUACGACCGCUUGGAUCGCGCUCUGGUUCGAAGGGUUCUCUUCCACCGUCUCCCCUCGGAUCCAGGUCCAGAUCAUCUGCCUCUCCACGGUCUCUACUUGUGUCAUGGCUCUCGUUCUUCUGUCCUUGUCCUAUGCGCUCUAUCUCUCCCUCCCUGUAUCCGCGCUACCUGUGGCAGUACCUUCCCCCGCGGAAUCUACCCUCAAUUGCUUUCCUCUGGCCUUCUCGCCGCUCGUGAUUCUGGUGGUCCUCAAACUCGGCUACUUAAGAUAUCGCAGAACUCAGUCAAUCAAUGCGACGCCGCAUGCUGGUCCCGGUUGCUCCAGCGGUGUCAAUCUGCGCAUAGGAACCUUCCGACUAUACGUCAAGUUCGUGCAGACGACCUAUCUCGUGGGAUUUCUGGGUUCGCCAGCUUGGGAAACAAGAGCCCAACCAAACGUGGAUGACCCUGCUCGGAUCCGCUGCUUGCGCCGCUGCACGACUUCGUGUACCCCUUCUCCUAUUCUAUACUCGCGUAUGCUCGGCGGCUCAUCUCGUACUGUCCGUUCCACUGCGUCUCUACAACGACAUCAACCGAGGUGUGUAACCACACCGCGCGAAGGCAAUCCUAAGUGCACAAGCGUCCACCCCUCCUGCCCUGCUUGUGUUCCUGCAAUGCCCUUGCCGUCCAUCCCUUCUCCCGUUUAUUUGUCGUCUCGACGUGGGAGCGGCUCGCUACGGCUGCAAUCUCCCUCGUUGAUGCAGGCUAUGGAACCUGUCCUCUCAGCCAUGGCUCUUGAUCCCAAGGUGUCGACGGUAGCGGGGAGUACUGGUCAUCAUACGUCAUCUGCAUUGGACUCUGUGUCAAGCACGCGCCCAGCGGGUGUUAGUCAAGACUCAUCUGUACAUCGCCCAACUUCCGCAAAGACUAUUCUAGACCCCGACUUCAAGGUCAGCACGGGCAGCACGGACAGUGUCUCUGUCUCCGUCUACGACUAUGCCUCAGUGGCUGUCCCCCCGCCUGUCCACGAUGCCUCUUCGCGCCUCCUGCCGCGCAAUACUACUACGGAAGAGGGUGGAUGCACCGGGACGUCGCGAGUGCCCUAUGCGGACCAAGUAUUUGUACAUGGCUGGUCUCUGAAGACAUGUGAACCAAUCGUUUCUGAUGAGCCGGCCAUGCACGCACCGGUGCCUCUCACGCCGACAACCCGUCCUUUAAACGGCAUGGCUGAGACCAGGAAUCUGUCUCUGUCGACCGACUCCUUGUCGCCCACCGGAGUGUUAGCAGGGAGGCGUAGAACGGCUAGGCCCAAGGCACUGCAGAAGCGCAGAAGCUGCAGUCCCCAGCUCGGUCCCUCGCCUCUGCGAAACUCCUUCAUGCUCGAGCCUACUGCAAGUUUGUCGAUACUGGAGAGCUCUAGACCUGGCUCGAGCGUGGUGUCUGUCUGUCCUAGCUGGGAGCUCGAUGAUCUACUCGUGGACGGCCAGCUUGAUGUCAAUGCUGUCAGUGUUGCGCUGGGACUGGGGCUGUCGAUGGCGUCAAACGAAGCUAUCGGGGACUACGGCCCUGAAAGCGUGGAACUCAACGUGUUCAGCCCCUCUCACAACAAUGCUUCAGAAGGCUUCUUGACUACGACGGACACCUGGGAACGUGCGCACGAGCCAUCCUCUACUACGCCACAGGUGCACAUUCCAGGCGAACAGCUCUUCGCCAUACCGGAGGAAGCCGAGGACGCCCUCUCCGUCAAUAUGUCCAUGCGCGGAUCCUUGCACUCGCAGUCCACUGGCAUCAGGCUGUCUGAGAUCGACGCGGAUUUCUUGGCUGAACUGACAACCGCCAGUACGAGUAUGGGCUUACUAGGAAAGACUCACCAGCCCCAAGACUGCCGCGAUGAAAUCGUCUGGGAAGACGAACAGAGAUGGAGGGACACAGUGGACUCGUCUGGAAGCAUCGGCCAAGACCCCUAGAUUUCGACUCCGUACCUUGACCCCCAUCGCGAUACCAAGUCAAUCACACAACGUAUGCUGUUAGUUUCUCCACCUCACUUUGCGCCACCGAUCCACAAUAUCGACUUGUCCAGUAUGUCAGUCAACUUGACCCUGUCCCUCGCCACAGCAUAUUGUCUCCGGAAUGCAAGCGUCGAUUUCCGAACAUGCGGUCAUCGUAGUAGCAAGGAUGUUUUCUCAUCCUCCUA